AUGAGUGACAUGAGACGGGAGAAGGAAGGGGAGCAAACACAGGAGACAGGAGAAGGAGAUGAGGGGCGGAAAGGAAAACCUGGGGAUCCUGGACCCAAAGGCCUGCCGGGGGAGAAGGGCGAGGCUGGAGGCCCGGGGCCAAAAGGAGACUCUGGUCAGCCAGGUGCUGAGGGGGUCCGCGGGAUGAAAGGACAGAAAGGUGACAUUGGUCCUCCUGGUCCCCCUGGCCUUGUGAUGACAGCUCAAGGAUUAAGGCAACUUUCUGGAUCUGAGGAAGUGAAGGAGAGAGGUCUGAAAGGAGAAAAGGGAGAUCAGGGCGAGAGAGGUGCUCAAGGAGCACAAGGCUUUAAGGGAAACAUCGGGCUGCCAGGCUCAAAGGGAGAUCCAGGACCAGCGGGGAUACAAGGUCCACCCGGACCCACUGGACUCCCAGGAAUCCCGGGCGAGCCAGGCUUGCCAGGGGAACCCGGGGCGCUCGGAAGAGAUGGCCUGAAAGGGGAAAAGGGAGAUUCCGGGGGAGUGGUGGGGCCACCGGGACCUCCAGGACCUAAGGGUGAACCUGGAGAGGCUGGUACUGGUUUUAUGGGCGAUGGGUUGCCUCUAUCGAGAGCGUCUCGUGGGCCCAAGGGUGAGCGAGGCGUCCCAGGAUUGCCAGGAGAACAUGGUGAAAAAGGUGAACCAGGGCAGCGGGUCCCAGGUCCCCCUGGCCCCACUGGACCCCCAGGAAAACCAGGAAUUGAGGGUCCUCGUGGAACUCCGGGUUUAUCCGGCGUUCCCGGAGCUCCAGGAAGAGAGGGUCCGCCUGGUAAACCAGGCCCACCAGGACCUCCUGGACCUCCUGGAGAACCGACGGCGUUGCCAAUUGUUGGAGACAUGGGAGCUUUACUUAAGAAUUCCUGCAGUGUGUGCCAGGGAAGAGUCCCAGGGCUGCUUUGGCAGAAGGGAGAUAAGGGGGCUCCUGGAGCACCAGGAGUGGACGGCGUUUUGGGAGAAAAGGGUGAUCCAGGUGUGAGAGGCCCUAUGGGUCACCCCGGGAAAGAAGGCCCAAAGGGAGUGAAAGGAGAGAGAGGGUUCCCAGGCCCUACGGGAGAUAAAGGAGAUGAGGGACCACCUGGAGUACCCGGACUCCCUGGUCUAGCAGGUCGUACAGGAGCACCGGGGCUUAUGGGCAGACCCGGUAUAAUGGGCCAACCUGGAACAAAAGGAGAAAAAGGAAGUGAAGGUCCAUCGGGCCAACCUGGGCUUCCUGGGCCUCCGGGUAUACCCUAUGUGGAAGGCAAUGGGAUGAGCAGUCUGUACAAGCUUCAGAGUGCUGGAGGUAUUUUAGGACCACCUGGACCUCCUGGGUCUCCAGGUCCAAAAGGAGAUGAAGGGUCUAUUGGGGACCCAGGGGCUAUGGGAUUGCCAGGACUUGAAGGCCUACCUGGUGAAAAGGGUGAUAUUGGUUUACCCGGCCCACCUGGAUUAACAGGUCCUCAAGGGAAGCCCGGCACUCGUGGAGAGCCAGGGAUCCCAGGAGAAGCGGGUGAGAGGGGGCCACUCGGGGAGACAGGAUUCCCAGGGCCUGAGGGACCCCAGGGAGUUGCUGGGAGACCUGGAAAAGAUGGAACUCUAGGAAACAAGGGUGAAACAGGUAGAACAGGUGACAGAGGAGCCAAAGGAGAACGUGGUGACCCAGGAAUUCCUGGAGAAAGAGGUGUUCAAGGUGAAAGGGGGCGCACAGGUGAAUCAGGACCAAUCGGUCAUCCAGGACAAAAAGGUGAUGCUGGCCCUCCAGGAUCACUGGAGCCAUUAAAUCUGUUGGAUGAUGCCAGCUUCAUGGAGGAAAUUAAAACGUUCAUCCGAAAUGAAGUAAUGAGGAUCAUUGAAGAUAAGCUGCCCAGUGCUUCCAGACUGCAAAAGACACACGCAGGCAUUUUAGCAUCACAGUUCCAGCAAGGGCCACCAGGACCUCCUGGGAAAGAUGGGUUACCAGGCCCACCAGGAGAGCCUGGACCCCCUGGUCCUCAAGGUUACAGGGGUCAGAAAGGAGAACGAGGCCAGCUUGGUCUGGGACUGCCAGGAGAUCCAGGACCCAUGGGGCCACCAGGCCCACCUGGGAUCACGUCUCGAGGUCCUCCUGGCUAUCCAGGGCCCCGGGGACCUCCUGGAAGAUGCGACAUCAGCGACUGCCUCCCUCCUUCUUUAUGAACCCAGCCGAGCGGCUCUGCAGGCUCCUGGACAGCCGACAGCACCACAGGCAGGAGGGCGGUCACGUGGCGUCUCGGCUCUCACAGCAGGCCUCGUCUUUGUCCGACAGAAUGCAGGUGGGGUGGUUCUUUAUUUUAUUUUAUAUUUUUGGGUGUGGGUUUGCAGUUGGAUUUGUUUUGAAUGCAACAGAAACCCUUUAGGGAUUUUUUUGUUCAUGGAUGUACGUUUAAGUUAUUUCUUGUUUUCACACCCCUGGCUGUGAUAUAAAGCAUUCCAUGUCAACGCAUUACGUCUUUCAAGACCAUGAAAUGACUUUGUUUGUAGAGCCCAGCGCUGUCUGAGAACAGGAUCUUAAUGAUUUGUUUUCCUCCUUAAUGCGUGUGCCUUUGCAGGCUUCUGUUCUUAUUCAGAUUAGCCGAUGUCGCGGCAGAAGGGAACGUCUC